UAUACAAGUGAAAAUUUCAUGAGAAGUUAGCCAAUAUUAUUUGCAUUUAGGUAGAAUAAUAAUUAUCCUGCAAGUCAGUUUUUAACGAUGUAUAAGAGAACUGUGUAUUUGUAGGCUAAAUUCGGGUUUGCACAUUCUUGUUAAUUCUUGCUUCAUUUACGUUACAAUGCAAAAGGUCGACAAGGUUAUUAAAAUGACGUUAUUAGUUAUUAUUUAAUUAAUAUUAUAUCUGAUAAACUGUUGGUUUAAAAUCUGGAAAACACUAGGAAUGUUUUAUUAUAUCAUAAUAAUCAAAAUUAAUAUAUUUUUGGACAAUUAAUAUUCAAAAGUCAACAUUUCCCAUAGCCUAACUAGACAAGUCGACAUCAACCAUCACUCCGAUCUAUAAACUUUUAUCUUCCACCUCAAUAGGUGGCGAUAUUACACACGUUCCCUGUAGUAAUACUGCUCUCUGCCAUACAGAAGGAGAGACAUUGGGAGAUCAGUACUAUUUGUGAGAUACAGUAAAGAAUUAUGGUUUAUGACAUAAUAUUUGACAUUGACCAUAAUUAAACGAAACAUUUACUGGGAAUACAUUUUACUUUCUGCAGUACUUCGUCUCUUUUCCUCUCUUACACACCGUGUAAUGUUGAGUUUAGGUAUUUAGCAAAACAGACUGCAGGAUAGUUUACGUCUCUGUUCAAGUUGACUCUGUAAGUUAACAUGUCUAAACACAGGACGAAAAAGCUCAUCAUUGAAGAUGAUGAGCCAAACCAAGAUGAGCUGAAUCCAUUUUCUUUCAAGGAGUUCGUCAGAAACAAAAACCAGCAGCCUUGUCCUACAGAAGCCACAGAGGUGUGUGAUGGAGCAUUCCACGUCGAACAGGACUAUAACACCUCCAUAGAUUUUGCCACGAAGGGGCCUUUCUUCACGGACCCCUCUGCUCUCUGUCAGCCUUCUGAAAACGAACCUGAGGCAACAUGGAUUGAAAGCUGCCACCCAUCAGCCCUUGAUGGUUCUCAUGACUUUGAACUAUGUGGUACUUUAGACCUCGGUGCUUACUCUGAGCAGUCAUCUCUGUGCAGUGAUGAGAGGGAAGCAAAUCUAACUGAAUGGGAACUGGGUGAUUCUGACUUCCUGCCAAAGAACCACUUAGCUAGAAGAAGCACAGGAAGCUAUGAGGGUGAUGAAGAGACUUCAGUGAUUGACAUUUCCUUCCAUCCGAAGAGGGGUAAUGCUGAAAACGGCACAAAGAAUCCCCAACAGCUUAGAGAAGAAAAUUCUCUACUCAGAAAGCAAGUCAAAGAACUCCUUAGAAGGUCAGAAUCUGACUCCAAAAGGAUCAAACAACUGACAGAUGAGUUGCACAGCAAGAAGUUACAGGAGGAGAGAGAGGCUAAGGCUUUGGAGACAAUGGUGCAGUCAGUAGAACAAAACCUUCAGUUAAUGACGAAGCGAGCAGUCAAAGCUGAAAAUAGUAUUUCAAAAUUGAAACAAGAGAUACAACAACUCCAGGGCCAGCUUGAAGGAUAUAAAAGUGAAAAUGAGAGGCUAAGAUGCAGAGAAACUACAGCCUUAACUACAAUGAGACACAAUGCACAAGUGGCCUCUGAGUACCUUAACAAAGCAGCUCAAGAUGCUGAGACUUCUAUCAAGCAGUUGCUGUCAGGAGGAGAGACACUCUGUUUUGUUUCCCAGUUAUUGACAUCUAUUGACAAGAUCACCGAGAUUCAUGAUUGACUUUUUCUUCAAACAUCAUGUUCUAUACACUAUAGACUUACUGCAUUUGCAUGGUACAUCAUUGAUUAUUUUGUUCAUCCACUUCAAUAACAUCAUGUUUAGUUUAUAUAAAAUAACAAAAUGAGGUGUGAUGGGCCAAAUGAUGACCAAAGUAAGCUCUAGCAGGAACCUAAUCAUAUAAAUACUUAAGUAUACCAAAUAGUGCCUUGGAUUUUCACCAAAAUCAAAGAUCUAUAUUGUAUGUGGAAACAAUAUUUUCAAAAACGUUUUGCACUUUUAUUAAACAAUGAGUCAAGUCACUUCUUAAAAUUCUAUUGCAGAUUAUUAACCAGAUUUUGUUUCUUGGUAGUAUUAACUUAACAUAUUUUAUAUUUCUUCUGUUUUAAAUUACACCAUUUUAAUUAUUUGUUUAUUUAAAAAUACUUUACUAAUCAACAUUGGAUUGUGUGCCUUAUAUUCGUAAUGCUCUUUAUUAAUUUAAUAAAAAAGAUUAUUUCA